CUCGGCCCCGGCGGACGGCGGGACGCGGUGGCGGCGGCACCGGCGACAUGUGCGGCGGGCGGGGAGGCAUCUGGCUGGCUCUGGCCGCGGCGCUGCUGCACGUGUCCCUGCAAGGCGAGUUCCAGAGGAGGCUGUACAAGGAGCUGGUCAAGAACUACAACCCGCUGGAGAGGCCGGUGGCCAACGACUCGCAGCCGCUCACCGUGUACUUCUCCCUGAGCCUCCUGCAGAUCAUGGAUGUGGAUGAGAAGAACCAAGUUUUAACCACCAACAUUUGGCUACAAAUGUCUUGGACAGAUCACUAUUUGCAGUGGAACAUGUCUGAGUACCCCGGAGUGAAGAAUGUUCGUUUUCCAGAUGGCCAGAUUUGGAAACCAGACAUUCUCCUCUAUAACAGUGCUGAUGAACGCUUUGAUGCCACAUUCCACACUAAUGUCUUGGUGAAUGCAUCUGGGCAUUGCCAGUAUCUCCCUCCAGGCAUAUUCAAGAGCUCCUGCUACAUCGAUGUACGCUGGUUCCCUUUUGAUGUGCAGCAGUGCAAACUGAAGUUUGGGUCCUGGUCCUAUGGAGGGUGGUCUUUGGACCUGCAGAUGCAAGAGGCAGAUAUCAGCAGCUAUAUCCCCAAUGGAGAAUGGGAUCUCAUGGGGAUCCCUGGCAAAAGGAAUGAGAAGUUCUAUGAAUGCUGCAAAGAGCCAUACCCAGAUGUCACCUACACAGUAACCAUGCGCCGUCGGACACUCUACUAUGGCCUCAACCUGCUCAUUCCUUGUGUGCUCAUUUCCGCCCUGGCUCUGCUGGUAUUCUUGCUGCCUGCAGACUCGGGAGAGAAAAUCUCUCUUGGAAUCACUGUCUUACUGUCUCUGACUGUCUUCAUGCUGCUCGUGGCUGAGAUCAUGCCAGCAACAUCUGACUCUGUGCCCUUGAUAGCACAGUACUUCGCCAGCACCAUGAUCAUCGUGGGCCUCUCUGUGGUGGUGACAGUGAUUGUGCUGCGGUAUCACCACCAUGACCCUGAUGGUGGCAAAAUGCCUAAAUGGACCAGGAUCAUUCUUCUGAACUGGUGUGCGUGGUUUCUGCGCAUGAAGAGGCCGGGAGAGGACAAGGUGCGGCCGGCGUGUCAGCACAAGCCUCGGCGGCGCUGUAGCCUGGCCAGUGUGGAGCUGAGCGCAGGUGCUGGGCCACCCACCAGCAAUGGCAACCUGCUCUACAUUGGCUUCCGAGGCCUGGAGGGCAUGCACUGUGCCCCAACUCCAGACUCUGGGGUCGUGUGUGGUCGUUUGGCCUGCUCCCCAGCACAUGAUGAGCACCUCAUACAUGGUACGCACUCCUCUGAUGGGGACCCUGACCUGGCCAAGAUCCUGGAGGAGGUCCGCUACAUCGCCAACCGCUUCCGCUGCCAGGAUGAGAGUGAGGUGAUCUGCAGUGAGUGGAAGUUUGCGGCCUGUGUGGUGGACCGCUUGUGCCUCAUGGCCUUUUCAGUCUUUACCAUCAUCUGCACCAUCGGCAUCCUCAUGUCAGCCCCAAACUUUGUGGAGGCUGUGUCCAAAGACUUUGCUUAAUGUUAUCAUGUAGGAAAUGCACAGAUAAGAGAAUCUGGAGGAUGAGAAUUGGGGUCCUAACUCUACAUUGUCAUAAAUGGAAGAACUCUGAGGUAGCCCUGUCGCUGUCGGUCUUGAGAUUUAUCUUCCUGGUUACUUUAACUAAAAAGAUCCCAGCAGCUUCUGUUUACUUUUCUUGCACUCAUCACUGGCAUAUCAUUGUGCUCGGCAGAGGCACUAUGUGGUCAUUUGCCCACUCUCGAUAGCCCUACAGGGUAGAUCUUAGUGGCUCUAGUAGCCCAGUCGAGGCCUGUCCAGUUGGUGGCACAUGCCUGCAUGCCUCUUGUCAUGGGCUCACACGAGAAUUGGCUGUCUGCCUUUGCCAUGCACAGACCCAGGCUGAAACCAAUGCAAUGCAGAGCACUUCCCACUGGAUCCAUUUCAACAGCUACCUUGCAAAAGGAAGUCAAAUACAAAUUCAAACUACAAACCUCUCUGCUACUUACUUUCUCUGUGAUUUAACUUCUAUCUAUCUAUCUAUCUAUCUAUCUAUCUAUCUAUCUAUCUAUCUAUCUAUCUAUCUAAUCUUUGUCUUUAUCAAUGACAACUUUAUACCAGGGAGAAAGUUGGCCUUCUAAAUGAUGUUUUGCAGGCUAAUUCCUGUAGAUGUGUCCUAACAAAUUACCACACAGGUUGUGUCAGUUCAAAACUAGGACUCACCCUGGCCAAAAGGGUUUUGAGGCUUUGGACCCUGUAGAUGUUAGAUGACCCCCAAGCUUCACACUGCUUCCUUGUCCUGAGGAGUUAAAUGAAUUUGUUUGUACAAAACCUGAAAGGCAAAUAGAGUUCUGAGUGUUAACUAAGGAAUAGCAGCUGAAGCUUACGUAAACUUUGUGUGUUGUGUGCGUGUGUGUUUGUGUGUGUGUGUGUGUGUUGAAAAUAGAAGUGUGUUAAUUGCUCUGCAUGUCAGACUCCACAAGUUUUCGAAGUUUUUGCAUCUGUACUGCUGCACACCAAGUGGACAUACCCUUUAUGGAAGCAGUUUAGUCCCCUCUGGGCUCCUGUGUGACAGGAGCUAGGGAGAGAUGAUGUUGCUGAUCACUCAUCUAGGUACAAAGCUGGUUGUCUCAGGAUUUGGCUUCUGAGGGUCUGCCUUCCUGUGGCUUCAGAGGCAAAGGUCACUUGGGGUCAGUGCAUGGAUUCACUGGAGAUGGGGUAGGGGUGAUGUUGUUUGUAUGGUUUUUUUCCUUCUUCUGAGCUAGGGUCCCUCUGGCUAUAUAGCUCAUGCCAGUCUGUUUGUAUUUCACAUCUUUAUUUGUUAAUGAGGUGAGAGUAUUUUUCCCCAAGAAAAGCUUUUCCUGUUUGAUAGUGUUGUUGAGCUUCUUGGGGAUUAAAACUACAUGACACUUCUGAAGCGCCCAGACAUUUUAAGCUUCUGACUCCAGAAAUGAAAUCAUGAGAGAAGGUUAGAUUUCUCAGAAUAACAAAAACCAACCAAACAAAAAUUCACAUUUUCCCAGCCAUUAAUUUCACUAUAGGAAGAUGAAGGCUUGGUGGUACCCUGUGUGUAUGUGGGCAUGUGCAUGUAUGCACUGUGUGUGUGUGUGUGUGUGUGUGUGUGUGUGUGUGUAUGUGUGGCUGAAGAGAGGACAUAGGAUAGAGUGCCAUGGAUAAAUCUGGAGACUGUUGGUUUCAGCACCCAUCAUCUGGAGCAGGGUUAUUCCCAGCGUGCAUCUGUUGCAUACAUUAUCAACAAAUUAUAUAAAAUAUUUUGCUGGCAUUAUGCUUUUUGAUUAAAGUAACUAGAAACAAAUAGAUAUGUUUUGAUACCUAAAGACCAGGCUUUGUGUCUUCCUGUUAAAAACUGAACCCUAGCCAUUGCUUUGACUAUCUGAGUAAUUAUUGUCAUUAUAAAAAUAAUGAUAAAGAAUAGCUGUGCUCAUAGUUAGGUGUGUAUGGUUCAAAAUAGUCUCUCCUUGCUCCCGUUUCCUCCUAGGGACAGUUUUAGAGGAAAAGAAAGGGAAGGUGGGAGCAGAGAGAGGGAGGAGAACAUGGAGAGACUUUGUCAUUGCUUUCCUAGACCUCAUGUUUGCAAGGUGCUAGGCACCUAGUCUUUUGUCCUAGAGAGGCUUCCAUACUGGUCUAAAGGUCUACCUCAUUCCUCUUAAUAUUUGCUUAGAGUUCCCCUCCAUUGGUGGCUUAUAAUCUAUUGGAUCAGACUUUCGGUGAUGAACACAUAGCUGGCUGCAAUAUUUCCAAGUUUUAUUUUUAUACACAAGUCUCUAUAGUUAGCAUUUUGGUGCAUAAUUUGCCAAAGUUUCUGUGUAUAAAUUCCAAUUUAGAAAUGGAACUAUUGGAUCUAAGACGAUGUAAGACUUCAGAUAAGUACAUUGAGCUGGUCCUCCAGGAACUGGUCAGUGGAUGCCCCUAUCCAAAGUUAAAGGGUCAGAUUCUCAGCUUUAUGCUGUUAAAUGUUUUCAAAUUUAAUUUUCCCUUCCCAGUCUGACAGGUAAAAAUGAUGAGGCAAAACCAUUCCGAUUUUAGUUCAUUUUACCAUGGACAAGGAUGAAGUUUUCAUAUAUAUAUAUAUAUAUAUAUAUUGGUAAUUUCAGUUUUGUAAUAUUUAUAUCUUUAAUAUGAAUUUCAGUUUUUUUAUUCUUUUAACUUAUUUGCCAUUUGUUUUUUAUGGUCUUCAUUGAUUGCAUGUUUAUAUUAGAAAAUUUAAAACUCUGUGUUUUUAGUUUAUUUAUGUUUUCCUUUGUAGAACAUGAUUGCCCUCUAGGUUUGAAGAGGCCUUCCUGCAUUGAAAUUACAAAUAAAUUAGUUAUAAUUUCUUUUGAAAUCUUAACAUUUCUACUUGUUCGCCUUUAUAGCUUUUUAUUCUUUAAAAUUCAUUAUAGUAAAUACAGAUAAAGAUUUAGUUGUUUAUCUCCAAGAGUGGUCACUGGUACACAAACAUACAAUAUAGCAUUUCUGUAAUGCAGUGAGACUCCAUGCUGUUUAGAUUGUUACCUUUGGUGUAAACUAUGUUUCGCCAAGUGCUGUUCUGUUCCAUUGAUUAAUCUGUCUCAAUGCUGUUGAUUUUCCAAAGUUUUCUUGGUAUUAUCAGAAAUGGAUAACAUUUUCUGAUAAUGGAUACAUUAUUUUAAAUGGAUACUAUUUUCUGAUCCCUCCCUCUUAUUCUUUGUGUUAUGGACUAGGGUCACAAUGGAUUCAUACAGCAGGUCUUUCUGUUUGGGAGCACUACAAUUGGGAGUACCACAAUGUCAACUUGUACUCAAAUCUAGUAUUACAGCAGUCAGUAGGGCAAUCAGAAAAGCCCUAUACUUUUCUUGCUGUUCAUAUCUGGCUAUCUUAUCAGUUGGUUACCAUUUUCACUUAUCUUUUUCUUUUUAGCCAAAUAUAUAGGACAAUGGUUGGGUUUUGUAUGUUAAUGUCAAAUAAUUAGUCACCAUAAUCGUGGUUGUUUUGUUUCUAAGAUUUCCCUUUAACUCAUUUCCCCCAAUAUCUUUAUUUCAUUUUCUAUUGAAUUGCACUUGAGAAUGGUAAUUGGAUUGUUUGCAUACUUGUCUUGUUCUUAAUGUUGAUGGGUGUUUUAAUGAUG